UAGAUCUCCUGGUCGCUAUCGCGCUGCCGUCAGUUUCGGGGGCAGUAAGUCAGGAGGGGAGAAGUAAGCGAAGCUAUGGGGGCCUGCGCCCAAAAACAGCAGCCAUGCUUCACCUUCGGAGUGAUCGCUGACGUUCAGUUUGCUGACCGCCCGGACAGUUUCAGCCGCUGGAACGCUAUGAGGUAUUACAGACAAAGCUGCCUGCACCUCCGGAAUGCCAUUGAUGAAUGGAACAAGGAAGAUAUCCCAGCCUCGUUUGUCUUUCAAUUGGGAGAUAUCAUCGACGGCUCCAACAGACGCCUGCGUAAAUCUCAACAGGCUCUGGAGAUAAUUCUUAAAGAGUUUGAACGUUUAAAGGCCCCCGUCCACCACGUUUUGGGAAACCACGAGCUUGACAACUUUGACCGGCAGUAUUUAUGGGAAUCUGCUCUGAACACCAUCUGGAUGUCUGAUAAGACGCACGACGGACCCAGCAUGCGCGGCGUGGAAAACACAGACUGCGCCAGUUACUACGCCUACUCGUUCAGCCCUUACCCCAACUUCCGCUGCGUUGUAGUUGACAGCUACGACCUGAGUUUUUAUCGCCAAGACGAGUCUAAUCCCAAAUACCAAGAAACGACGGCCUUCCUGGAAAGAAACCAAAACGCGGAACCGGGAGACGCUAAAAAAAGGGUUAAACUGCCGCUGAUGGAGUUUAAUGGCGGGUUCAGCAGAAGUCAGCUGUCCUGGCUCGAUGAAGUCCUUACGUUCUCCGAUAAGCGCAAAGAAAGAGUGAUCGUAGCUGGUCAUAACCCCAUCCACCCCAGAGCCGCCCUCGUCACGUGCUUGGCGUGGAACGCGCUGGAAAUGCUCGACCUCCUCCAUUCCCAUCCCAGCGUCGUGUGUUACAUCGCGGGACACGACCACAACGGCGGAUACCACGAGGACUCCCGCGGCAUACACCACGUCACCAUGGAAGGGGUAAUAGAGUCGCCCGCCGGCACCAACGCUUUCGCCACAGCCUGCGCGUACGACGACAGAUUAAUCCUACAGGGGAGAGGCCGGGUUCAGAGCAGAGUUCUGCGUUAUCGCAAAUAAUCAUCACAAGUAAUCAUCGCAAGUAAUCACGUCUCUUACAAUAAAUCUCUACGUUUCCGGCCG